CUCAGUCGCCGUUUACACGGCUGCCGGCCCGCCGCGCGCGCUCCGUGGCCGCUAGUUGGCGACGCGCUGGUGGUGGCGCGCGGCUCCCGGGGGAGCACACGUCGCGUCCGACGGGGAGCGCGACAGCGUGCGUCGGGGACUGAGCCAGCUGCUGUACCAGGUGAUAAGGUGCUCCGGCCAGCGCUCCGACGGGCCCUCUCGACGCUCCCAUCAUGAACUCGGUGUACCCACACAACCACUUCUACAGCGGCGCCUGCGGUGGUCCGGGCGGCGGCGGUCCGGCCGGCGGCGGGCCCGGCGGGCCGGCCGGCUACCCCGGCGGGCCGCGGCCCCCCUCCGGACCCCAGAGCCCCCACCUGGGGCCCGGCAAAAUGGCGCCCCUGGGCGGCAUGAACAUGAACCAGGCGAACAUGAUGAACAGUCGGCUGGGCGGCCCAAUGGGCGGGAGCGGCGGGGGCGGCGGCGGCGGCGGCACGGACGACGGCGAGCCCAAGGUGUGCGGCGGCUGCGGCGGCCGGAUCGUCGAGAAGACCAUGCUGCACUCGAUGGAGCGCUACUGGCACGAGGCGUGCCUGCGCUGCAGCUGCUGCGGCGUUAACCUGGCCGACAGCGCCUCCUGCUUCAAAAAGGCCGACAUGAUACUCUGCAAGCCCGACUACGUCAGAAUGUUCGGCCACUGCGGAGUGUGCGCCGCCUGCGGUGUCGGCAUCCCGGCCUCCGAGUUUGUGAUGCGGAUCGGCGGCGGCCUGGUGUAUCACAUACGCUGCUUCUCGUGCUCCAAGUGUAACGCGGCGCUGUCGCGCGGCGACCGCUACCUGCUGGUCAACGGCGCGCCCGUCUGCGAACAGGACGCCAACAAACUGUUCCCGCCGCCCGUCAAAAAGGGAAAGGUCGGCAGGCCGCGGCGACAACGCGACUAGCCAGGUGCAGCUGUGGCUGUCGUUGGUGGUGUUCUUUCAUCGUGCCAUAGUCUGCGCGUUUAGCGGCGGCGGACGCGGCGUCCCGCCCGGACCCGCCGUGACAUGUGACCUGCCGUGACCUGACGUGACCUCCGGCCCGCCCGCGACCCGUGACGUCAUACAGCGUGGCGCCGUUCUUUGUUGCUCAAUCGGGGUGCCGUGUCAUCUGGUAUUUAGCGAGCGCGAUUUGUUUGGUGAGCGGAGGUGGGCGCUGGCGACUGAGGGCGUCACUCGAUGCUGCUCCCGCGCUCUUUCCCGCUGCUCGCUCGCUCUCUCUCCGAGUCGUUCGGUAGCGUAUCUUGCUGUGUAUGUGUGCGCCGUGCGGAUAUGUGUGCGUAUGCCCUGGAUCCCGACCGGUGGGAGUCGUGGGCUCUGACCCGACUGGUCGGCAGGACGCCGGGUGUCGGACUGAGGGCCGUCCGAGCUAUGAUGUCACGCCCAAGGCCCGACGCUGGCGCCAUGCGGCCCGACGGGAAACUCGGGAAUUGACAGCACCUCCUACUGAACCGUUGUAAUGCUGACAAGGCCUUGCACUCAAUAGCGGCUCCCACUGCUUUGAAAUAUGACCGCCACUUGGACAAACCCAGCUCCGCCAUAUAAUUGUGAAGCCGUUUGGACAUAAACGUGGCUGUAUGAUGAUUUUUAAUGAUAAAAUACUGGCACAGCUCCACCAAAAAACUACGAGUUUUCCAAGCUCGUAAAAUUCCAACUUCAGGACAGGAACACGUUGCAUUUGUAAGCAACACGUGCAUCAAUCACCUAAUGCAAUGGCACGAUGGCCCAAAAGGUGCAGCCUGAGCUUCUGGCGGUCCGGCGUUUAAAUUGCAAUAGCCACAGGUGUAGGUAUGCAUUUUGAGGCCAUCUUUUACCGCGACCGACCAGAGUUUUUGGUGUUUUAUGUGGCAUUUUACUACUUUUCUGGAAAACUUGACUUCAUUUGCUCGUUAAGGUAUCUUACAAGGUUAGCAUAUGGACGAAAAUUUUGAUUAUGUACCUAUUUAUGCAUUACCUAAAAGUUGCAUUGUGAGCUGUGACAGCGAAACUUUAAUAAUGAAACACGCAUUAUUCAAAGGCUCAUGUGUCCUGUAGACCUUCCGUUACACAAACCCUUUAACGUUCAUUAGUAGAUUUGGAUCUUUUCGCCGAAAGACACAUAUCACUGAUAAAACACAAGAACUAUCAACAGUGAAUGGAACUACAAACAGAUUGAACUGGGGCUCAGUGCUACACCACUGUGUUAGCACACAACGGCAUUGUGCCCAAAGGCGUCACUGGAAUACAGCCAGCAAUAACAGCCUAGGCGGGUGACUUUGUAACCAACAUUCCACAGACAACGUGCACAUUCCCGAGGGUCGGGGGUGAAGGCGGGGUCGGGGAAGGGGAGGGAUACCUAGCGGUCUCAUGUGUUCGAUCAGUGUGCUGUUCGCCGGUGUUCAUGUGAUCUGUGUGUGCUCUGAGUGUGCUCUGUGGUGUUCCCUGGCUGGCGGUGUUCCGUCGCACUCGGCGAGGCCGAACGCCGCGCCAACAGGCGACAUUGUGAGCUUAUGGCGAAUUUAGCGCACCAAGGUUCGGACAAGGGCAAUUAGCAGCCGCCGUCUGCACUGGCCAUACCAGUUCCGAUGCAAUUAGUGUCACGAGAGGCAUUUUAAAACAGCUCUGGAGCCCGGAAUGCGAGUGCCAUUUAAUGCAUACUUUCCUUAGCUGUCCGGUGUUCACGCGAGUCCUGCAAGCUGUCAGUCUGUUCUGGAGCCGCUGCCGCCGUCAGCGCGAGCCACUGCGCACGGGCACGAGCGCGCCGGUUGUGUCCGCGCCGGGUCUGUGGUUGUUGAUGAGGUGUUCUUGUUGUUAUAUUUAACGCGGGUGGUGUAACAGUAUUAUUAAGGCUCACUUCAGUGCGUGUGUGACAUCACUAUAUCUCCGAAUGGUCCGGUGCGCCAAUAAAUUGUGCGUCCAGCGAA